UACGGUGUGUUGAUGUGGAAUUUCGCUGUGUAAAAAUAAAGAAAAAAAUAUGGGAAUUAAUUAGCUACUAAGAAAAAUAUAUUUCGCGUUAAUAAAUAUGUUGAAAUAUUUUUUAAUUUUUUUUUUUAUUUUUAAAUAAUUAGUUUUCGUGAAAUUAUAAAAAAUUGAACCUCAUAAAUUUUAUUUUCAACUGACAUACAUAAAUAUAUAUAAUUUUGCAGCCUAAUAAAAACAUAAAAAGUGAAAAUUUUAUCUAAAUGAGAUAUCGAAUAACUGGAAAAAAAAGGAAAAAAUAUUCGUUUUAUACCUACAUAGGUCAAAAGGUACAAGUGUAUAUAUAAUUGGAAAAGUGUUAAAAGUAUUUGAGAGACCUUUGAAUUCCUAAUUUUUUCGUUGGAAAAAUCAUUUGAUUCAUUGCGAGAAAAUAUGAAGGAAUAUUUAACUGUAUAAAUUGCAUUCAAUUUAAAUUUUCUAGGGAGAUAUUUUGGAUUCAAUUUCACUGAUAAUUUAUUUAUAAUUAGAACGGGAAUUGAUAUUAAUAUUCCAAAAUUGGCUCUGAUAGAAAAGCAUAAUUAACUUCCACAAUGUUUAAAAUAUCUGGAGGAUAAUUUUUUUUUAGUUGAAUAUGUUAUAAAUUUUAUUUUAGUUUUUCUUUUUGUUUUCAUGAAUUUACAACUUUUUCAUUUUAAUAUACAAAAAGAUAUAAAAAUUUAUUGGAAAUUGUAACCGUAAGCAAAACUAAUUUAAAGAAAAUUUCAACCAAAAAGUUCAAAAUAAGUUUUUUUUUUCUUUCCGUUACGAUUGCUUUUAAUUUUAUACUUUAAGAAUCUGUGAAUUAAAAAAAGAUAAAUGUUGUCUUGUCAAAAUGUCAAAUCUCGACGAUUUGCGGAAGAAGUUUGUAGCGGCCACACAACAACCACAACCGCAUACACAACCCCAGCAACAACAAAACCCAUCAUCAGUUUUGAAACAACAAUUACAUCAUCAAAUAUGUUCAGGUCUCGAUUCACGUCAUCAUUUACCAUUAACUUCAGCACUUUCAGUUGGAGCAACACCAUUAAAUAUACCAACGACAACAACGGUAAUAGGCACGUCAGAUCCCGAACGCCUUUAUAUAUUUCCACCAGCUACGACAACAGCAGGUAACAGCAGUCGUGUUGGCCCAAGUGAUGCAUUUGGUCCAGCACCAAAUGCUUUUUUAACACCCCUUGAACAACAACACAUUUCGCGAGGUCAUUCAAGAUCAGUUAGCCAUGGUGGUGGUACGUUUAUAGGAUCGAAUAGUAGUGGAAUAGGAGGGACAGCAGCUAGACCACUUAAGUCAGCAAUGAAAGGACAUCAGCGUGCAUUUUCACAUGGUCAAAUUACUGAUACAGCAACAGUAGCACAAGCCCCACGAUCUGGCCACACACGCGUCGGUUCGAAAACUGAUUUUAUUUUGCCGCCAACUCAUAAAGAUAUCGACGAAAAUCGUAUUGGUGAAUUCGGUUCGUCAGCUGCAUCAUCAGCUCGCGGUCAUUCUAGACAAGCUUCGCGUUCUGAAUCUAUUUAUACGUUACGGCGCACAGAAAUACCACCGUGGUAUAAACGAUUCGGUCUUUGUCAGAAUGAUAAAUUCGAGGAACGCGGUUACCGGAUUGUUGUGCCAAACCAUACAGUGCCACCGAAAACACCAAAAAGUGAACAUCCUAAUGGUUUAUACGUAGGAAACAAAAUUCGUACUACAAAAUAUACGUUAUUAUCAUUUAUACCGAAAAAUUUGUUAGAACAAUUUCAUCGUGUUGCUAAUUUGUAUUUUAUUUUUAUCGUAUUAUUAAAUUGGUUUCCGGCAAUUAACGCUUUUGGAAAGGAAAUUGCUAUGAUACCAGUUUUAUUUGUAUUAGGUGUUACUGCUAUUAAAGAUUUAUUUGAAGAUCGCAGGCGUAGGGCUUCAGAUCAAAGAAUUAAUAACUCGACAUGCCGUGUUUAUAAUGGAGAAUCUGAAAGAUACAAAAAAGUUUUAUGGCAAGAAAUUCGUGUUGGGGAUUUGGUUCAUUUAUCAAAUAAUGAAACUGUUCCCGCGGAUAUGCUGUUAUUAAGGACAAGUGAUCCACAUGGGAUAUGCUAUAUUGAUACCUGUGAUUUAGAUGGCGAAACUAAUCUCAAACGACGUGAGGUAGUUCGUGGUUUCACCGAAAAACAACAUAUAUUUACUCCAAGUAAAUUUGUGAGUCGUGUGGAAGCCGAUGCACCAACUACAAAAAUUUAUCGCUUUCAUGGAGCUUUGAUACAUCCUUCAGGUGAACGUGUGCCUCUUUCAACUGAAAGUUUAUUAUUAAGAGAAAGUCGUUUAAAGAAUACAGAUUUUAUUGAGGGUAUAGUUGUAUAUGCUGGUCAUGAGACGAAAUCUAUGCUAAAUAAUAGUGGACCAAGAUAUAAGCGCUCACAAUUAGAGCAGCAAAUGAAUAUAGAUGUGAUAUGGUGUGUGAUAAUCUUAUUGUUAUUAUGUGUUAUCGGUGCAGUUGGCUGUAAAAUGUGGCUUAGUACGUUUGAAUACUUUCCAGUUCCUUAUUUGCCUUUUGAAGUUGAACCAAAUUAUGAAGGUUUAUUAACUUUUUGGACAUUCAUAAUUAUAUUACAAGUUAUGAUACCGUUAUCACUUUAUGUUACAAUAGAAUUUUGUAAAAUUUUACAAGUUUAUCAUAUACAUAACAAUAAAGAUUUAUUCGAUCAUGAUACAAACAAAAAGACUGAGUGCCGAGCUAUGAAUAUUACAGAAGAGCUUGGUCAAGUUCAGCAUAUAUUUUCAGAUAAAACUGGUACUUUGACGGAAAAUAAAAUGCUGUUUCGCCGUUGUACUAUUAAUGGCAUUGAUUAUAAUCAUCCCCCUUCAGAAUUAGAAAAGAUUUAUUCGAAACCAGGCUCUCCAGCACCUCCGUUAAUUGUUAAUCAAAAUUUGUUAAAUGAAUUGGAACACCUUAAGACAAAUUGCCAGUUUUAUACUCAAAACGCACAACGAAUUCAAGAAUUUUUUGUAGUCCUAGCUAUUUGUAAUACAGUAGUAGUAAGUGCGACACCUCAUCGGGAUUCAAUGAAUGCAAGUGGCGUUAUUGAAACACAAAUUCAAGAAAACAAUAAAACUUCAACAUCUACAACAACAACGGCAAUAGUAGACAAUGAUAGUGAAGAUGGUCUAAGUGGAACAUCAUCACGUACAACAAUGACCACUAACUCAACCGCUCCUAUUUUAACCUUAAAUUUAAACACAAACUGUGUUGCAACAUCGAAUGAUAAUAAUUUAAAAGUGACGAAUACAAAUAGUUUAAUACCAGUUGACAGAUAUACAAGGCUUACAGAAUCACGUUCAAUAACACCAUCGCCUCCUCCUAAUUGUGGAUAUGCGUUACCAACUCAAAAUCACAUUCCAUCAUUAUCUCCAAUCAGUAGCUCCGCAGAAUCAUCGCCAACUACAGAAAGUCCGCCAAUGAAAUUGAAGAACAUUCUGAAUACUUCAUCUCCUUCAGGCAGAGCAAGAACAAUAAUAAAUUCAAAAUUGACUACAAUUACAUCUUUUUUAAAUGCAAAGGGACAUGCAAAAAGAUUAGCUAACAAAUUAAAGAAUACCAUUGGGCAAAGAGGUUUCAAAAAAUUAGUAGAUGGUAGACCAAUUUUUGAAGCGGAGUCGCCAGACGAAUUAGCUUUAGUUAAUGCAGCUUACAGUUAUGAUUGCUGUUUACUUAACCGUAGUCCAAAUCAUAUUUUAGUAAAUGUGCCCGGUUCCGGUAUUUUAGAAUAUGAGGUACUUAAAAUUUUACCAUUUGACUCACAUCGAAAAUGCAUGUCAGUAGUCGUGAGAAAAACUGGCUCGCAAGAGAUUAUUUUGUACACCAAGGGCGCUGAUACAUCGAUAAUGCCCUGUCUGUCACAUUGCUUACCUGAUUCCUCAGAAGGAAUUUUACGCGAAAAAACCCAGCAACAAUUAGAUUUAUAUGCUCGAGAAGGUCUUCGUGUACUCGUAAUGGCUAAAAAAAAAUUAAAAUCAAGCGAAUACACGGACUGGUGGGCUAGACAUCAACAGAUUGAAUUAUCCCUAGAAAAUCGAGAAAAAAGACUUAAAGAAUCAUUUGCCAAGUUGGAAAGUAAUUUAACUCUUUUAGGUGCAACUGGAAUUGAAGAUAGAUUGCAAGAUGGCGUUCCAGAAUGUAUAGCUUCUUUAUUGGCAGCAGGAAUUGCAGUAUGGGUGCUGACUGGAGAUAAACCGGAAACCGCAAUUAAUGUUGCAUACUCAGCCAAAUUAUUUAAUUCACAAAUGGAAAUAUUGAGAUUAACAGCCAGAUCUCGAGAUGCAGCUGAGAGUACUAUAAGAUUUUUUUUGUCUGAAAUUGAAAAGCAAAUAACCGACGCGACACAAAAUUAUUCAGCGAAUCGUAUCAAACCCAAAGCUCUAGUUGUUGAUGGGAAAACCUUGACUUUUAUAUUAGAUUUAAGGUCUAAUUUAACUCGUCCAUUUUUGAAAUUGACUAAACAUUGUAUUUCGGUUUUAUGUUGCCGAUCUACACCUUUACAAAAAGCAUAUUUAGUUAAAAUUGUUAAAGAAGAAUUAAAUUUAAGCACAUUAGCAAUUGGAGACGGGGCUAAUGAUGUGUCGAUGAUUCAAAUGGCUGAUGUUGGUGUUGGCAUAUCAGGACAAGAAGGUAUGCAAGCUGUAAUGGCAUCUGAUUUUUCUUUGGCAAGAUUUCGACUGUUGGAACGUUUGCUACUAUCACAUGGAUAUUGGUGCUAUGACCGACUAGCUAGAAUGAUUUUGUAUUUCUUUUAUAAAAAUGCGGCUUUCGUAUUUCUUCUUUUCUGGUUCCAACUGUACUGUGGAUUUUCAGGCGCUGUAAUGAUCGAUCAAAUGUAUUUGAUGUUAUACAACUUAGUUUUUACCUCACUACCUCCUCUUGCAAUUGGAGUGUAUGAUAAAAGUGUUCCUGAGGAUUUACUUUUAACGAAUCCCUAUUUAUACAAAAACGGCCGAUUAGGCUUGGCAUAUAAGCCGCACACGUUUUGGGUUAUAAUGCUGGAUGCCUUGUAUCAAAGUUUAAUAAUAUUUUUCAUUGCUAUAUCUGCUUAUUGGGAAAGUGACGUAGACAUAUGGGAAUUUGGUACAACAAUUACAACAUCAUGUUUAAUUACUAUGCUUAUUCAUGGGGCUAUAGAAAUUCGAUCCUGGACAAUACUUCAUGCCUUGUCAAUAGCUUUUAGUUUAGUAUCUUUCUUUUUAUUCGCUAUGGUUUAUAAUUCAUUGUGUGUGACCUGCUUUGGUUUACCGUCAACUUACUGGGUUAUUUUCAAGUGUUUCUGUUCACCUAUUUAUUGGCUGAUUAUAUUUGUUACAGCAGCUAUUGCAGUUGUUCCCAGGUUGCUUUUUAGAACAUUACAAACUACUUUCUUUCCUGAUGACAGUACAAAUGUUUUAUUACAAAACAAAAAGGCAAAAAGAAGAGGUGAGGAUUUACUGGUAACUUGGUCAAGAUCAACAUCAGCAUCAUCCAUUUAUAGAAUCGCCGAUUUUGGGCCUAAGAAUCAGACUAUAACUACAUCAUCAUCUGCUAUUGCCUGAAUAGAAACAUUAUUAGUAAAAUUUUAAAAUCUAAAUAAAACUAAAUAAUUUUAAUAAGCUUAAAUAAGAAAGAGAAUAGUGUUAAUGAUUAAUUAAAUUGUUCAAAAUUAAAUUGAAGAAAAAUUAUUUUUCCAAAUAAAUGGAUUCAUUUUCGAAUCAAAAUAUAAAUUUAUUUAAAAAUAUUGUAUUGUUCUAAAGCAAAAAUACUAAAAGAUUAAAAAAUGUGUAUGUAAUUUUAUGUAGUUAGCUAAUAAAAUUUUAUCGUUUUAUAAACUUUUGUUAAAUUGCAAUGAAAUACUUAGCAAAUCACAGUAAAAUUUUAAAAAAAUCAAUACGAAUUUAGAGAAGAUUAUG